CUGAGUGACAAAGUUCCCAGAAAUAGGCUGUUGACAUCGAGUAGGCAUUACCUCCAAUGAAAAAGGAUGGCACUCAACAGACGGGUGUUAAAGAUCUUUCGCACUUCAGCAUGGAGCCGUGCCUGGCGUAGUCUUGCAGCCUUUUUGCUUGGGCUGCUGCUUGCCUUCGUUUACGGCGCGACAGCACUGUACAUACAGAAUCAAGCGCUUUGGUACUGCAUCAUCACCACGGUAACCAUGGGCGCUUUUGCAGCAUUUGGAAUGGGUCUCUCCCUUAAUGUGCGUGCCAACAUCACGCUCAUGCUUCCCAUGCUGUGCUCCAGGGAGGGUAAAAAAAUCUUGCUCUUCCUCAUCAUCACCCUCGUGGUUCAAGGCCCCUUAAACAACACUGUGAAGAACUUUGACCGAGCAGCAACCAGUAUACUGUGUGGAGCGGAGUUAGCGAUGAACCAAACCCAGCAACUCAUGCAGCGAGCUUCCACUCCACUCCUGCCUGUGCUGGACAAGGUAAGGGAGGUCAGCAGGAAUGCAUACUCACUGGCAGGAAGAGUGCAGAACUUAAUUGGAGCCCUUACAGAGUCUGUACGGCAUAUCUCUCGUUCUCUGAGAAACGUGCUGCACUUCUUGGCGAGCAUUGGCGAUAUCUGUAAUGCCAAGAUGGGGACACCGUAUCAGAAAUGUAACUCAGUGUUCGAUGAGGGCCGUGCUGACUGCAUGGAGCUGCUCUCAGUGUUCAAUUUCCUUUGCCACAUCGUGGAUGGCUUCAGGCCUCUCUGUGGCCUCACACGCGUUGGUGAGCUAUUCUGUGUCAUACCCUCAUACAUUGCCGAGCAUCUGAAGAAAAAGCUGGCUUUCCCAAUUAUUGCAGCAUUCGAUCAAAUGAAGAAAGAGUUUGAGUUCAACAUGUUAGCCUCUGUGCACUUUGAGAUGAAUGUAAACAGCAGUCAGUCUGUGCGUCAAAUGAUUCAAAAGAUCAUGGAGGAAGUGUCACAGGACUGUAACCGGGUCCUGGACAUUAUGGGUCUAUUCACCUAUGUGGGCCUGUUUCUGAUGCUGUUCAUGUACCUACAGGCUGUCUCGUACAAAAAAAAAUACCUUCAUGUAGAUGAUUUUGACAACUGCUACAUAACAGAGGAAUUUGUAGAGAUGGAUCGCAAGUUAUAUAGACAAGGAAAAGCAGCCGUCCUGCCCCUCAGUAAGAAGGAGGCUCUGACCUAUACCACCCCCUACUGCUUGCGGUUGACGGCUCGAGAGAAGAAAACUAUCAUGACCGGCCUGGCGUCUAUGUUUCAGUACAUCAUAAUGGGCUGUGUGGUGAUUGCCUUGGACCACAUGGUGUUCUGGGCGUUUGACAUAUUGCAUCACCAUGCUCAAGAAGAGAUAGUGGCUAAAGCUCCUUUGGUGAUGGAUAUACAAGUAAAUGGCUCUGGUUAUGCUUCUGACAUCUUUAAGGAUAUUAUGGCUUCAUUUGACAUUCUGCAGAAAGGGAACAUUACAAUAGUGAGCAAGAAGUGCAUGAUGGAACCUUUAGAGCCAGAAUACAUGGUCAACCUAUUCAUAGGCCUCCUUUAUGGUCUUGCCAUUUCCCUCGUGCUUGCUGGAGGUUACCUGAAACGGUUGCAGAGGUUUGUGUGCGCACAUUACUACCCGCAGCGAGAGAAAGUAAGGAUUUUGCAUCUCCGCAGUCGUAUCCUCUCUCAGCGUAGCUCAGUGGGGAAAGCGUUACUGCAGGUGGUUGCCAAGGAAAAGGACAAGCAAGGCAAAGGCAGUGUGCUGCAAACUUUGGCACUGCGACUGCCAGGUGGAGUCACCAUAGCCAAAUUCCUGAAACUGUUUGAUAAGUCAUGUCUGGCCUGUGGGACUGUCGUGAAGGCCGAAAACAGCUCUGCCGUGUACAUCUGCUCUACUCAAAAGUGCUCAGGGUAUUUCUGCAUGGAGUGCUUCAGGGUAAUGGGGAACAUCUGUGCUGUCUGUAUGGGGCCCCUAACAUUCCAGGAAGACUAUGAGUAUGAGCUAGACUCCAGUGAUGAGGAGCAAGUGGAUCUGUGGAAGGAAGCUAUGACAUCAACAUACAUCAUUUACAGUGCUGAAAGGAUGGGGCAGAUGAGGAAGCAUGUGUCCAUGGUAACUGAGAACCUUGCAAAAACUAAGAAACGCAGUGAUUCAUCCAGCAGCAACUCACACAGUUGAAGCUUCAGCACUAACCUUACAAGUUUAAAUAAUGUGUUGAGACAGUGAAGAUGAGAUUGAAAGCUUAGUUUGAGAGGACAAAGACAGGACACCAAGGAUAAAUCCAGCAUCAUCUAACUGCAUUUCUGCCUUAACCCAAGAUAUGUACAUGUAUAUGCUUUUUUCUGUAGGUUUAGUGUUUUAAAAAUGCCAUUGUUUUUCAGAUGGUCUAUGAGAAUGUGGUGGGGCUAGUUGGGUGUUGAGUUAUUGCUCUAGUUUUUCAUGGCCUGCGGCUUUGUGGAAUUCCCGGUAUGGGCUCUUCUACACACACACACACACA